CAUUUGAACGAAAUAACAGAAAUACUAGAAAUACACGCAAAGCAGCACGACGGAAAGUUUUGUCGCAAAAGAUCUGAAAAUCUCACAUUUUUUUAGUAAAGUAAAACGCAACGACGAGACGUAGCAAGAAAAAAGUUAUAAAAAACGAAUGUAAACGAGGUAUUGAAAAUAGUGAUUGUUUGAAAACAAAUAUAAUACUUUGUUUAUUAAAAUCAAUAGAAUAAGAAUAAAACAAGAAAACCCAAAAUCAACAAGUGGGUUAUAUGUUCAAUAAAAUAUAGCAGCAAAUAUACAAAAAUGUCGAAAAAUGACAAAAACAAAUCGGGCGGCGGCCUCUUGGAAAGUUGGUUUGGCCGCCCAAAAGCCAAAGGCAAUAACUACAGUACCGGUACGCUGUCGGGGCGACCCACAUCUACAGAUGGCGAGGUUGCCUUCGAUAUACAGGAACUGGAAAAGACCAUACGAGCUCUGAGCGACUCCGAAGUGGAUGCCAAAUUUAUGGAAAUUCUGGAAGAUAUGAAUAUACCCAAGGAUAAACGGGGGCCACUGCUAUCGAAAUCGAUAACAGAACGUCAGAAAAUGAUUUUCAUGCAUUUGAAAGGUAAAAAUUCCCUCGAACAUCGUGCCAAUUCGAAAUUCGAAAAACCUCUCGACUACAUUGAGUACCUGCGAAAUGGCGAACACAGUGAACCAAAAAUCUAUGCCUGCCUGGAAAGUUUACGUGUUGCGCUCACAAAUAAUCCACUGUCGUGGAUUAAGGAAUUCGGAGAGGAUGGCAUCGAUGAGAUCAUCAAUUUGAUGCGACGCUGUAAAAAGGAACGAACUUUGGAUCGCAUCGAGCUGGAAUGCAUACGUUGCCUCAAGGCCAUAAUGAAUAAUACAUGGGGAUUAAAUUUGGUCCUAACGCCAGAUCAACAUACGGUUGUAUUACUCCUGGCACAAUCGCUUGAUCCACGCAAGGUGACCACAAUGUGUGAGGCUGUAAAGCUAUUGGCCUCAUUCUGUUUGGUACCCGAACGCAACGGCUAUGACAAGGUUCUGAGGGCCAUUACAACGGCAGCCUCAACAUCGUACAAAUCAAGUGAACGCUUUCGGCCCAUUGUCGACUCGCUGUUCAUAUCGGAAAAAUAUGAUCCACGUCGUGAGUUGGCCUGUCACAGUUUGAUUUUCAUCAAUACCCUCACAAACACCCCCAGCGACUUAAAUUUCCGCCUCCAUUUGCGCUGUGAAAUCAUGCGUAUGGGUCUGUACGCGAAAUUCGACGACUUCAAGAACAUGGUGGAGGCGAGCAAUAAUGACUCGUUGAAACAACAUUUUAAGAUUUUCAAUGAGAUACGUGAGGACGACUUCGAGGAGUUUAUCCAGCGAUUCGACAAUGUCAUCUAUAAUAUGGAUGAUGUGACGGACUGCUUUGAGGUUGUGAAGAAUUUAGUUACCGAUACACCUGCAGAACCCUACUUCCUGUCGAUAAUGCAGCAUUUGCUGUAUAUCCGCGAUGACUUCUACUACCGGCCUGCCUAUUAUCAAUUGAUCGAGGAGUGCAUAUCGCAAAUUGUCUUUCACAAAGGCUACUGUGAUCCGAAUUUCGAAAAUCGAAAUUUCAAUAUCGAUACCUCAUUGCUGUUGGACGAUAUCGUGGAAAAGACCAAGGCCAAAGAGUCACAACGUGCCGAAGAGUAUGAGAAGAAAAUCGAGCAAUUGGAAAAUGCCAAACAGGAGGCUGAAGCCAAGGUGGCGCUGUUGGAGGAGAAAAUCAAAGAUAUGGAGAAGAAUGGUAUUGCAGCUCCAUCGCCAAGUAAACUGCCGAAAGUGAAUAUUCCCAUGCCACCACCGCCGCCAGGAGGAGCAAGAAUGCCAGCACCGCCACCACCACCUCCUCCACCGGGUAUGGGAGGAGGACCGGGCGGUCCACCACCUCCGCCACCACCAAUGCCCGGCAUGGGUGGUAUACGUGGUCCACCACCGCCACCUAUGCCUGGCAUGGGUGGUCCUCCUCCACCUCCCAUGCCGGGUAUGGCCGGAGGUCCGCGACCACCACCAAUGAUGAUGCCCAUGGCGCCAGUCUUGCCACAUGGCCUUAAACCCAAAAAGAAAUGGGAAGUAAAGAAUCCCAUGAAACGUGCCAAUUGGAAAGCCAUUGUCCCACAAAAGAUGUCGGACAAAUCAUUUUGGGUCAAGUGUGAGGAGGACAAACUGGCCUCCGAUGAUUUGCUUGCCGAACUUGCUAUUAAAUUCUCCUCCAAACCCAUCAAAAAGGAUCAAAAGGAUAGCGUCGAUAAGCCAACUACGCUGACCAAGAAGACAAUUGAUUUGCGUGUUCUGGAUGGUAAAUCGGCCCAGAAUUUGUUGAUUCUUUUGGGUGGCUCUCUCAAGCAUUUGUCCUAUGAACAAAUCAAGAUAUGUCUUUUACGCUGUGAUACCGAUAUUUUGUCUUCCAAUAUUCUGCAACAAUUGAUACAAUAUCUACCGCCUCCAGAGCAAUUGAAACGUUUGCAAGAAAUCAAGGCCAAGGGAGAACCACUACCGCCCAUCGAACAGUUUGCAGCAACAAUAGGUGAAAUUAAACGUCUCUCGCCACGUUUGCAUAAUCUCAACUUUAAGCUAACCUUUAACGACAUGGUCCAAGACAUCAAGCCGGACAUUGUGGCCGGCACCGCGGCCUGUGAAGAGGUGCGCAAUAGCCAAAAAUUCUCCAAAAUUCUAGAACUAAUAUUGCUCAUGGGCAAUUACAUGAAUUCGGGCUCAAAGAAUGAAUUGGCGUACGGUUUUGAAAUUUCCUAUCUGACAAAAUUGACCAACACCAAGGAUACCGAAAAUAAACACACACUGCUACACUAUUUGGUCGAUGUGGUGGAAAAGAAAUUCCCCGACGCCCUGACAUUCUACGAUGAUAUGUCACAUGUGGAUAAAGCGUCCCGAGUCAAUUUGGAUACAAUACAAAAAUCGAUGCGACAAAUGAAUUCAGCUGUUAAAAAUCUAGAAACCGAUUUACAAAAUAACAAAGUGCCACAAUGUGAGGAUGAUAAGUUUGCGGAAGUAAUGAGUAAAUUUGCGGCGGAUUGUCGACAGCAAGUGGAUGUGUUGGGUAAAAUGCAAGUUCAAAUGGAGCGGCUCUAUAAAGAACUUGGAGAAUAUUUCGCCUUUGAUCCGGCCAAAUAUACAAUGGAAGAAUUCUUUGUCGACAUCAAAACCUUCAAGGAUGCCUUCUUGCAGGCACAUCAAGAAAUCAUACGCCAACGCGAAGAGGAGCAAAAGAAACGACGACUGCAAGAGGCACGCGAACAAUCGUUACGCGAGCAAAUGGAAAGGCAGCAACGGAAAUUGGUCGAUAUGGAUGCAGCUCAUGCUCAAGAGGGUGUCAUGGACAGUCUAUUGGAAGCUUUACAGACAGGUUCGGCAUUCGGUAGUCGAAAUAAUCGCCAACAGCGAAGACAACGGCCGGCUGGAGCCGAACGUAGGGCACAAUUAAGUCGAUCGAGGUCGCGGACAAGAGUAGCGCCCACCGGUUUAGUGUCACGAGAACUGCUGGCCAACGAAGCAUUAAUGGGUUCUGCUUAGUUUAACAAAUUGUGUUUCCUAGACUCGUGAACUUGUGUUGUAUAUAUGCAUAUAUAUAGAUUUCUUCUUUCUUUUUUAAGUUUAACUGAAAAAAACAAAACGAAACAAAACAAAACGAAAAGAUGCCGCUUGUAGUCAAUAAGUCAUUACUGUAAUGAGAUAAUACUUUUAUUAUUUUUAUUAUUCUUUUAAUUUUCUUUUUAUAUAUAUAAAUAACGACGUGAGAUCCUAUCUACAAAGACCGACAAUUGAGAUAACUACUUUUACUUAAACUACUCUAAACUAUUGGUAACUAUUUAAUAAACUUUAUUUUUAUACAUCGAAAAGAGAAUGUAAAAUGUAAAUUAAAAUAAAAUAAAAACAACUACAAAUAUAACGGAAA